AUGACAAGUUCUUCCGAUCAUGUUUUCCCCUUACAGUCCGAGGGUCUCCAGGUCACAGGCCUAUUCAAGAAGCGCAAUCCGACCGUAAUCCCUCGGUCUCUCGUGGUAUUUAUCCACGGCGGGGGUGCUAACGCGGCGUAUUUCGACAAUCCGGGCUUUCGAUACCCCGCAGUCUUAAGUGAGCGCGGAUAUGAUGUGCUGAAUGUCCAACGCCCAGGAUACGGAGGCAAUCCCAUCCCCGCCAUCGCAUCGCCCAUCCGCAGCUCCGUCGCAUUGAUCACCGACCUCAUUUCACGCGUGUACUGCUCGCAAACGGACCCCCAGCGAGGUGUCAUCCUCGUCGGACACUCGAUCGGUGCCGCCAUCGCGCUCGCCAUCGCGGCCCAAUCGGAUUGCCAGAGCUUUCCGGUCCUGGCCGUCAGCGCCCUCGGAGUUGUGCCUACUUUGCAGCGAGCUCUUCUCCUACCUGACCCGGAUCUGGAAUCAAACGAGCCCCGAUUUGUGAUUGACGACGUGCCUACGGUGGUAUCUCGUUUCUUUGGCCCCUUCGAGUGCCUUGAUGAGAAGGUAUUUACUGGGGAUACGCUGAGGGCAGCCUUUGAGCCGAGUGUGAGGGCAGAAAUCCGAGAGUUCACGGGACCCGAAUGGUAUUACCUUCUCGUCAACGACAUAUUUCCCGCGGUCAAGGUGCCGGUGCAGUAUCUUGCUGCCGAGUACGAACUCGUUUGGCAAGGCACAACUGAGGCUCAACCGCGCUUUGAUAGCUUGGCAGGGCUUUUCACGGGCUCUCCAAACGUGCAGGCAAGAUUGCUCCUCGGCGGUGGACAUAAUUACGAGUUUACCAAGAACUCGGCUCAGCUCCACGAGUUGAGACUCGAUUUUAUAUCCAAAAUGUCUGAGCAACUGGCGUUGAAUCCCUUGCCUUUUACUUCCAUUCCCGUUCUCGACUAUUCUCAAGCAUUGUCCUCAUCGACCAAGCCAACUUUCCUGAACCACCUUCGGGAAGCAUUGAUCAAUGUUGGAUUUUUCUAUCUUCAGAACCCGCCUGUCUCGGUCGACGCGCAGCGGGCGCUUUUGGAAAAAUCAUUGGAGCUUUUUCGCCUUCCCUUGGAGAAGAAGCUGGAGAUUGACAUGGUUAACAGCCCGCACUUUCUAGGCUAUUCUAAACUUGGAGCAGAAAUUACCGCACUCAAGCAAGAUCACCGUGAACAGUUUGAUUUUGCAACCGAACUCCCUGCACCCGGAAAAGACGAGCCACUGUAUAGAAAUAUCUGCGGCCCUAACCAGUGGCCCGAUGAAAAUGCAAUCCCUGGAUUUCGCAGGGCAAUUGAGGACUACAUUGCUGAAGCCAGUGAAUUAGCCGGAUCUUUUACAGCCCUUAUUGCGGAGGCUCUAGAUCUUCCAUCGACGGCUUUCGAGCAAGCUUUCGAUAAGCCAGGGCAGCAUAAACUAAAGUUGAUCAAGUAUCCUCCUCCUCCAACCUCGGGUGACGAUGACAACGGUUUCCAGGGCGUCGGUGCCCACAAGGACUCUGGAUUUCUCACGUUCCUUCUGCAAGCAACGCCUCAUCGUGGUCUUGAGGUGCAGAAUAAAGCCGGAGACUGGAUUCCGGCGUCCCCAAUUCCAAACACAUUUGUGGUCAACAUCGGCCGUGCCCUUGAGGCCUUAACUGGAGGAGUUUGUACAGCGACAACUCAUCGUGUGAGCCUACGGAAGGAAAACUUUUUGGAUACCGAGGGAAACUCUCUUGGCUCACGAUUCUCUUUUCCAGUCUUCCAAGGGGUCAGUCCUGACCUCUCUGCGGAGAAAAUCUCACUAGUCAUUCCAAAUCACAUACGAGAUUUAGUGAAGGAUGACAAAGCCAAGUCGGAUGCCGAAGCAACAUUUAACGAAAUGUUUCGAACAAACAUUGGCGAAGGCACGUUGGUUGCCCGAGUGACCAGCCAUCAGGAUGUCGGGCAGCGAUGGUAUCCAGAGAUCUUAAGCAAGGCUCUGAAGGGCCAACGGGAUUUUGUCGCACAUUGA